AGACGUCACCACGCCCAGCAGUGCACUUCCUGGUUACUUUGCGCUGCACUGUAUGUCGUGGUUUGUUGUACUAUUGAUUUUAUUUGUCUAGGGGUAUGUUUCAUGUCCUUCUGCGACGAGACUGGAUCGGACGGCUUCGUCUAGCGCUCACUCUCUUCGGACUACCGUAUACCAUCUGCGCCCCAGGAGUUAGGUCUGCCUUCUGCUGCACAUUGUCCCAUCCUUUCAGAACCAGUCAAACCAUCAGACCCAUAAGUACCAGUUGCUGCAACCUUUUCACGACCGGUGCCAAGACCAUGCCAUCUUCAGCUGCGCCUCAUACCAAAUCUAGAUGUUCCCAGUAUCCAGGGUCCAAUGUCAAGCGCUUUCCCGUGCCUGAUUGCAAGGUGGACUGGAAUCAGAUAUGGAAGGAGUAUAAUCCAGUCAGCUACACUGACUCAUCAGUACUAAAGAAACCAGCAUGGGCAGAUCCUGAUAUUGGCACUUUCUCUCCAAAGUUCAACUCUGUGGAUGGUGCUGUGGACAGGACAAGCUUUGAGGGCAGCUACAAAGUGGAGAAUGGAAAGCCACUAAAUCCUCACGGACGCACGGGACUGACUGGUAGAGGUUUGCUUGGACGAUGGGGACCCAAUCAUGCAGCAGAUCCCAUUGUCACCAGAUGGAAAGUAGAUGCCAAAGGAGCAAAGGUGCAUCACUCCAUGUCCAAACGGCCCAUCCUGCAGUUUGUGUCCAUCAAGAGGAAAGACUGUGGGGAGUGGGCCAUUCCUGGGGGGAUGGUAGAUCCUGGAGAGCAGGUGUCUCUCACACUGCAGCGGGAGUUCUCAGAAGAGGCAUUGAACUCUUUGGCAAUCCCACAGUCAGAGAAAGCAAGAAUCCACGAAUGCAUCACCAAACUUUUCAAAUCGCCAGGCUUUCAGGUCUUUAAAGGAUAUGUGGAUGAUCCAAGAAACACUGACAAUUCUUGGAUGGAGACAGUUGCUGUCAACUUCCAUGAUGAUUCAGGCAACAGUGUGAGUGAGCUGCCGCUGCAAGCUGGAGAUGAUGCAGGACAAGUCCAGUGGGUUGAUGUUGACUCGUCCUUCCCGCUCUUUGCUAGUCAUUCACAUUUCCUGGAGCUGGUGGCCAACGAGAGGAAAGCCCACUGGUAACAACAGAUGAAAGACUGGAUUCUGAUGUAACAAUGAAGAAAACAUAUUGCUUUCUGUGUGCUGAGAGUAUGUAUGCAUUUAGAAUGUAUGACACCUCCCCUCAUCUUCCCUCACUAAUUUAAACAUGCUAAUAUUAGUUAUAAUAGUGAAACCUAAUAUGUAUCACUCAUGACACUCAUGUGUAUGUCCACUACGCACUGUACAGUGACAGUGUGAUUUUAGGCUAAUCUCGCGGAACUUAUAAAAUUAAUGAUAUUAUCAGGUUGAAAGCUGGCUGCAGUUUUUGACUUGCUGCUUGGAAGUUUAACAAGAGACUGUAAAAUGCAAGAUGCUGCUGAGUGGCAAACCACAUUAUUUCUGUUGGCAGAAAUUAUGCUAAUUUAUUCACUGUUAACAAGGAUCACAUUAACCCAGUGUGACCAUGGAAGAACAAACACAAUGAACACAACACAUACUACAUUAAUUUAAGUGUGAUUAGGGAGGGGGCAAUCAGAAUGAAAAAGUGCGGACUCUCUUUGAUCUUUACAUGUGAAUUGAAUAUGAGCAAAUGUGCCAGAGCUUCCCACACAGCCCAGCAGUGCACUAAAGCUGAGCUCAGACAAGCUGACGCUACAGGACGAACAUGUUUUCAAGUGGUAUCAGACGUUGGGAAGCAAAGGGCAUUUCACACUCAACAGCCUGCCUUUUUGAAACAUAUCAGUAUGUACCAUCUCACUGCUGGGCCCACUGCCAUGAAGCACAGAUGGAAGAUUAGGAAUUAAAUGGCUUGUAUCUGUUUGGAUUCAUGAUGCAACCACUAACAUGUGGACACCUUUGUCAUUCAAUAGAUAACAGAUUGAAUUAGGUUGGUAACAGGUCUAGGAGGCACCACAAAUUCUACAAGCCCUUUUUAUUUGCUCUCAUCACAGCUCAGGCCACAGCAUUUUCGUGAUAUUCAAUUGUAAUAAGGUAUGACACCAACAGCUGUGAGUGAGGAGGUUAUCCCAUUCAAACCUCAAUAUAAUACAGUCAGUCAUUAUAUAGUAUAGUAAAUAUAAAAAUAUUCACAUCUAUGCAGAUGCUCUUUCAGCUCUGGUAGACCCCCAGUGGUCCCAGACUAAUUACCAGCUCUACUGGAGCAUUGACAGUUGGGGCACUUAGAGUAUUUAUUGCAGGAAGAGAGAGUAUUUCCCAUAUAAAUGUCCCUAGCUGCACUGUUUCGAUUGGCAACCUCCCAGUUACCAGAUACUCUAACCUGCUUUUAAAGUUUUAUUUUUUUCCUGCUUAUGUAGUUGGUAUGAGACAAAAAAUAAACAAAUGGUAGGACGAGAAAGGUUACAUGCUGUACAGCCAAGUGAGAAAAUUAUUUUAAUUAUAUUCAUUAUUAUGACCAUUGUUCAGCCUUGUUCACUCAUGCUCUCUAUCCCUGAAACAUUCAGGGAGAUCUCCUGCAUGGGAAUGUACUAACCGUAAUAUUUGUGUGAAUGUUUCAAUUUUGUGUGACCAUGUCCAACAUUCUUGGUUAUCAGGGGGAGACUCCUGAAUGCAUUGUCAACAGUUCAGCAGCGCCCAUUCAAUCACAGGGCAGGCUAAAACCAGAUCCAAAAUCCAAUGUUCAGGUGCAAAGAGCUGACUAUUCCUUGUGGCAGGGAGAGACAACCCCUCCCUGCAGGCAUGCUGUGCUUAAGUAACUUGCUGAGAGAGUGUACUCCUGCUCCUUACUGUAGACUGCUGAUCUCAGUACGCAUGAGCCCAUAUGCCAAUGCUUGAAUUAAACCUAUCAAAAGA